GGUAGAGAGCUCAAUUAUCAAAAGAGAGGAGUGAAUAGAGAGAAAUUUGAUAAGAAAAAAAAAUGGAGUGUUGUGGGAGGCCUAACAGAAGCGACAUUCAUUUGUCGGCGGAGGACGAGGCAAAGCUGGAGGAAAAGGCAAGAGAGUAUUUUGAUGAAAAUGCUCCCAAGCGCCACACUAAGCCUCAGCGUAGUGAAUAUUCUUCUAAAUACGUCGACGUUCUGUCCAAUAACAAGGAAAGCAACGACGAUAUUCCUGAGCUCGUUGAGUUCCAACGUCUGGAAACUGAUGAUCCCCAGAAGCUGGUCUACAAUGGAAGAGAAGUGAGAGAGGAAUUUGUGGAGACAGAGUAUUACAAGGAUCUCAACUGUGUCGAUAAGCAUCAUCACACGACAGGAACAGGGUUCAUCAAAAUGGAGGACGCUGAUGGCAAAUGCUUCCAUCUAGAACCUGAUUCUGACACCAGCUGCCACGCCUCUUGCCAUUGUAACCCAGCGACAAACGACUGGAUUCCGGCUGGUGAUAAUAUGGUAACUCAUGCUUCAGACAAGCCAAACAGGAGCGACAAUUGAAUUGGAAGAUGGUUGCCAUUGUGUUCAAUAAAAGAUCUAGAUCUUGCAUUUUUUCUUCUUCUUCUUAUGUCAAUUCGUGGUUGGAUAUGUAAGUAAAUUGUAGUUUAAGGGUCGUUGAAGAGGGAGGGUAGUUAAGAUGCUUGUAUUUGGACCGUGCUCUAAAAUAAGCAGCUGACAAACAUUAUUAAUUUGUGUGCAAGAAUCCAUAAAACCUAAACAAGGAGAUUAUAAUAUCCUAAAUGGCUCAAAAGGUGCUAAGAAGCCUCUGCCUUUUUGAGCCAUUUUAGCUAUUUGAAAUCAAUUUGUUUAGUAUUCAUGAUUUCUGCACAUAAAUUAAUAUUUAUUAGUAGUUUGUUUAGAGCAUCUCUAGUAGUAGUAGUCUAGUAGAGCCUUAUGAGCCAUUUUACAUCUCCAGCCAACCCUUUAAAAUACUGUAGCAGCUUUUAUUAAUAUAAUUUGAAUUUUUCCUCA